GAACCACUAGUGAGCAGAAGAAAAAUGCUGACACAACUAUGUGUGUGAACAAAUUUAUCUCUUGCAAAGCAGAUCCAAGAGUGUCAAGACUUGUGGAAGCUACUUGUUUCAAGAUAUUUUUAAAGAUUGAAGAAACUUAUCAUAAGAAAAAUCUGCCACUUCUUAUAGCGUUGCUGUCCUUCUUUGAUUUAAACAACAAGACUUUUUGCUUUCAGACAGAGAAUGGGAUUUUCAUUGUUGAUUUUGGCCUCCAAGAUGUUCUAUAUAUUACAGGAAUUCCAAUUGAUGGGGAACAUAUUAAUUGGCAGCCUUAUAGCAAAGCUGAAUUGCCUGAGGAAUACACAUCUCAAUCUCAUAUGGUUUUUGGACAUGUUCCAUGCAUCUGCUUUAACACUGUCGCAAAUAAUUGUCAUGGUACAUUCUUCAAGCAAUUAGGACUGGAGAAGUUAGACAUUUUUCUUGGAGACAAAGUGCUUGGAUCGGUGUCAAAGAAGAGGGAAAAGCCGUGUAAAAUAAGCAGACAUAAAGACAAGAACUGGAGAGAACAUAAUAAGUACUACACUCGGUGGACAAACCAAGAUCAAUAUUUGGUGUAUCAACCGUACAAUGAGGAAUCCGAG